AUAAUAUUUUACGAUGCAAAAAAAAUAUAAAAUAAUUAAUUGGAGAUACUUUUUUAAUACUUAAUGUCUUUGAAACAAAUAAAUACAAUGAAGUUUGAAUAAUCCAGAACAUUAUAUGAUCCGAUUACUGACAAUUAGAAAAUUGUUAAUUGUUCGUAAAUUACUAGAACUACUACAAAAGAUUAAAAGUUCUAUUAAGAAUGUUAUUUUAAUACACGUAAUUGACUCAACAUUGAAACAUAACGUUCGUCAAUUUAAAAUAGAAAUAAAAUAUUAAUAUGUCAUCUCCGUUGAGAAAUCCUGAAAUUUUAAAUGAUAAUGAAUUGGAUCAACUUAUAAAAUUAUAUCAUUUAAAAUUGGAUAGGAAAUAUGGAUAUAAUGUUCCAUCAUUAACGCAACAAACAUCACAAUCAGGUGAAUUCGCUUUAUUUUAUGAUAUACUACAACGUAUUCCAGUAGAAAAUUUGAAUGAAAUGACAGAAUUAGAAAAUAAAUUACGAUCUGAUCCAUUAUAUAAAAAAGCACUGAUUAUUCUGUUUGAAAAUAGGAUUACGGGAGAAAUUAAAAUUUCUAAGUGCAUCUAUAAAAUCAUGUCUUCAAUUAUGAAACCUGAUCUUACAAAAUCUUACUCUGGAUUAGGUAAAAAACAUCGCAACAACGUCCGAAAGAGAGAUUUUAGUGCAACUCAAUGCUACAGGUGUUUAGAAUCUGCAUUAGUAAAAAAGUUCGAUGAUAGUGAACAAGUUUCGAAAAUAAAAUCUCUUGUAGGUAUCUGGCUUUCUCGUACUCCUCAAGAAAAGACAAGAUCAAGAUCAAAAAAUUACAACAAAAGAAAAUACGUGAGAAAAAGUACAUUAAAUAACCGUCAAGUUGGAAAUUCAUUGUAAUAUUAAUAAUAUAAAGUGUAUUAUAAA